CUGUUGCCUUUCUCCGCUUACGAAACGGAUAAACUUAGGUAACUUUAUCCAUAGAUUCGUAGCAGAAUACAGAAACCACCACAGAAGAAUAAAAUUGGCUGAAAAGGUACGAUGGCCGGAAUGCCGCGUAUAACGGGGCUCCUGAAGAAGGGGUCCGUCGCCCCCCCUCUCCGUAACUUCAGCUUCACAGUUGCCGGACAGGGCGAGGCUAAAGUAAAGGAAGACGCAAUCUCUCGUCAAUAUCCUGUUGUUGAUCACAGUUAUGACGCUGUGGUUGUUGGAGCAGGAGGAGCAGGUUUGAGAGCUGCAUUUGGUUUGGUUGAAGAGGGAUUCAAGACUGCUGUUAUUACCAAACUUUUCCCAACCAGGUCCCACACCGUGGCCGCUCAGGGGGGUAUUAACGCUGCUCUCGGCAACAUGGAGCCUGAUGAUUGGAGGUGGCACAUGUACGACACAGUGAAGGGUUCUGAUUGGUUGGGAGACCAGGAUGCAAUCCAUUACAUGACCAGGGAGGCACCUGCAGCUGUUAUUGAACUAGAGAACUACGGAAUGCCAUUCUCCAGGACUCCUGAGGGUAAAAUCUAUCAGAGAGCUUUCGGAGGUCAAUCCUACCAGUACGGUAAGGGAGGUCAAGCACAUAGAUGCUGCUGUGUAGCCGAUAGAACAGGGCACUCUCUACUCCACACACUUUACGGUCAAAGUCUCAGGUACGACUGCAACUACUUUAUCGAGUAUUUUGCCCUGGAUCUAUUGAUGGAGAAGGGAGAAUGUGUUGGUGUUAUUGCUCUCUGCCUUGAGGACGGAACCAUUCAUAGGUUUAAUGCCAAGAAUACCGUUCUUGCCUGCGGCGGAGCCGGUAAAGCUUAUUUCUCCGCCACAUCCGCCCACACCUGUACCGGAGACGCUACAGCUAUGGUGAGCAGAGCUGGACUUCCCAAUCAGGAUAUGGAGUUUAUCCAGUUCCACCCUACUGGUAUAUACGGAGCUGGUUGCCUCAUGACUGAAGGAUGCAGAGGAGAAGGAGGAUAUCUUGUUAACAGCGAGGGAGAGAGGUUUAUGGAGAGAUAUGCCCCUGUUGCCAAGGAUCUGGCAUCAAGAGACGUUGUCUCACGUUCCAUGACGAUCGAGAUCCGCGAGGGCCGAGGUUGUGGACCUGAGAAGGAUCACGUUUUCCUACAGCUCCACCAUCUGCCCCCAGAGCAGCUUCAGGCUAGACUUCCCGGUAUCUCUGAGACAGCCAUGAUUUUUGCUGGUGUAGAUGUUACCCGUGAACCUAUCCCUGUUCUUCCCACUGUACAUUACAAUAUGGGAGGUGUACCCACCAACUACAAAGGUCAAGUUAUCACUAUAGGAGCUGAUGGAUCCGAUAAGAUUAUUCCCGGACUCUACGCUGCCGGAGAAACUGCCUCUGCAUCUGUUCACGGAGCUAACAGGUUGGGAGCUAACUCUCUUCUUGAUCUUGUCAUCUUUGGUCGUGCCUGCGCUAAAACCAUUGCUGCAGAGAAUAAGCCCGGGGAGAAGGUUGCUGACCUGUCAGCUAAUGCAGGGGAGUCCUCUGUUGCUAACCUUGAUGCUCUGAGGUUUGCUAACGGUACUGCUCCUACUGCUGAGAUUAGGUUGAAGAUGCAGAAGACCAUGCAGAAUCAUGCUGCUGUAUUUAGAACCGGACCUGUCAUGAGAGAAGGAAUCACCAAGAUGAACGCUCUCUGGAAGGAUAUGGAAAACUUAAAGGUAUCUGACCGUGGAAUGAUCUGGAACUCCGAUCUGGUCGAAUCUCUAGAACUCCAGAACUGCAUGGUCAACGCUCAACAGAUCAUCGAGAGCGCAGAGGCUAGAGAAGAGUCCAGAGGUGCACAUGCCCGUGAGGAUUUCAAGGACAGGAUGGAUGAAUUGAAUUACGCCAAGCCUCUAGAGGGACAGACUCCUAUUCCUAUGGAACAGCACUGGAGGAAGCAUACUCUAUCCUGGACUGAUACUAAGGGAAAGACCGUCCUUAAGUACAGACCUGUGAUUGAUCAUACUCUUGAUGAGAAGGAGUGCAAGUGGGUUCCCCCUGCAAUCAGAAGCUACUAAAUACGCAUAAUUGCGUCAUCACUUUCCACAUCAGCGUACAUGCAUGCGUCAAUUGAAAUUAAAACUUAGUAAUUAAAGUAUUUUGUUCAGACUAUUAUGAACUAUGUUAAACAUAUUUAAUACCAAAUAAAAUUUAUAGUAUUUCCUAAA